ACCCUGGAGAAGGCCCUGUCGCUGAAACUCUGGAGCAACCCUGGAGAAGGCCCUGUCGCUGAAACUCUGGAGCAACCCCGGAGAAGGCCCUGUCGCUGAAGCUCUGGAGCAACCCUGGAAAAGGCCCUGUCGCUGAAAUUCUGGAGCAAACACCCGGAGAAGGCCCUGUCGCUGAAACUCUGGACCAACCCCGGAGAAGGCCCUGUCGCUGAAAUUCUGGAGCAACCCUGGAGAAGGCCCUGUCGCUGAAACUCUGGAGCAACCCUGGAGAAGGCCCUGCCGCUGAAACUCUGGAGCAACCCUGGAGAAGGCCCUGUCGCUGAAACUCUGGAGCAACCCUGGAGAAGGCCCUGUCGCUGAAACUCUGGAGCAACCCUGGAGAAGGCCCUGCCGCUGAAACUCUGGAGCAACCCCGGAGAAGGCCCUGCCGCUGAAACUCUGGAGCAACCCUGGAGAAGGCCCUGUCGCUGAAACUCUGGAGCAACCCCGGAGAAGGCCCUGUCGCUGAAGCUCUGGAGCAACCCUGGAAAAGGCCCUGUCGCUGAAAUUCUGGAGCAAACACCCGGAGAAGGCCCUGUCGCUGAAACUCUGGACCAACCCCGGAGAAGGCCCUGUCGCUGAAACUCUGGAGAUUCAUCCUGAGGAUGACAAGGUGGCCUGCUGUGGUGGAAUGGAGUGUGCGUGUGGGUUGGUAGUGGAGAAGAGAGGGGUGAUGUGCUGCCAGGACUUAAUGUGGGUGAGGAGUCGGGCUGCAGAGUUCUGAACCAUUGGCAGCUUAUGGAGGGAGCUUGAGUUGAUGCCGGAGAGUAUUUCCAUUAAGGACAUCUCGGCGGUGCGUGCUGGCCGUCAAUCGGAGGGUCUGAGGAAGAACACAGAGGAGCAGGUGGAGGGGAGAUGUUUCUCCAUAAUCUUCAAGGGCAGAAGAAAGAACCUGGACCUGAUGGCCAGCUCUGAGGAGGAGGCCAAGCAGUGGGUCACCAGCCUGGGGAAGAUCAUGUCUAACAUGGAGAACCUUAACAGUCAGCAGAAGAUAGAGCAUUGGAUCUUCAACUGCCUUAGGAAAGCAGACAAGAACAGUGACGACAAGCUGAGUCUGAAGGAGCUGAAGGACUUCCUGCACCAGAUCAACAUUGAGGUGGACGAUGAAUACGCAGAGAAGCUCUUCCUGGAGUGUGACAAGUCUAAGUGUGGCCACCUGGCUGGUGAUGAGAUAGAGCACUUCUACAGCCUUUUGACCCAUCGCCAGGAGAUAGACACCAUCUACGGAGAAUACGCUAAGACCACGGGCUUCAUGAGCGCUGAAAAUCUACUGGAGUUCCUGAUUAAAGAGCAGAGAGAGGAGGCAACGCUAGCCGACGCACACAGACUCAUCAACAAGUACGAACUGGAUGAUAAAGCCAAAGAGAAGCAGCUGAUGACCCAAGAUGGUUUCCUGAUGUAUCUCCACAUGCCCGAGGGUCUGGUGCUGAAUCCUACCCAUAAGGCCGUGCACCAGGACAUGAGCCAGCCCCUGAACCACUACUUCAUCUCCUCGUCUCACAACACAUACCUGAUGGAAGAUCAGCUCAAAGGGCCCAGCAGUACUGAGGCCUAUGCCAGGGCUCUUAUAAAGGGCUGUCGCUGUGUGGAGCUGGACUGCUGGGACGGGUCAGACGGAGAGCCAGUCAUCUACCAUGGAUACACCCUCACCUCCAAGAUCCUGUUUAAAGACACCAUCAAAGCCAUCAAGGAGUACGCCUUUAAGACCUCGGACUACCCAGUGAUCCUGUCCUUGGAGAAUCACUGUAGUGUGGAGCAGCAGAGGGUCAUGGCCCAGCACAUGAGCUCUAUCCUGGGCAGCGCUCUGCUCACCUCCCCCCUGGGGGACCGGAUGCCCACAGACUUCCCCUCCCCAGAGGAGCUGAAGGGAAGGGUCCUGGUCAAAGGGAAGAGAUUAACUAAACUGGAGGCCUGCUUUGGCCCUGAGGAGACAGCCGGGGAUGAUGGUAGCUUCACUGAGGAGGAGGAGGAUGACAAGGAGGAGGAGGAGGAAGAGGAGAAGAAGGCCAAGGCAGGUAAAAAGCUGAAGCUGGCUAAGGAGCUGUCAGACAUGGUGAUCUACUGUAAGAGCGUCAAUUUCAACGGAUUCCAGGACGCUAAAGAUAACCUGGGCUUCUACGAGAUGUCCUCCUUCAAGGAAAGGAAAGCUAUGGCGCUGGCUGAGGAGUCUGCCAACAGCUACAUCCAUCACAAUGUGGACAAGCUGAGUCGUAUCUAUCCAGCAGGCAGCAGAACAGACUCCUCCAACUAUAACCCUGUACCCUUGUGGAACGCAGGCUGUCAGAUUGUGUCCCUGAACUUCCAGACGCCCUGUAAUGACAUGGAUGUGAACCAGGGUCGGUUCCUGACCAACGGGAAGACAGGAUACGUCCUAAAGCCGGCCUACAUGAGGGACCGGGGGUCAGAGUUUGACCCCAUCACUCUGACCACGGGACCGUGGCUGCAGCACAAGAUGCUCCACCUCAUGAUCAUCUCAGCCCAGCAGCUUCCAAAAGUGAACCAGAAAAAGACAUCCAUCGUGGACGCACUGGUCAAAGUGGAGAUACAUGGGGUGCCUGCUGACACUGCAGAGAAAGAGACGCCGUACAUCGGGAACAAUGGUUUCAACCCGAUGUGGAAUGAGAACUUUAAGUUUGAUGUGUACGUGCCAGAGCUGGCCCUGGUCCGCUUUGUGGUUGAGGACCACGACUCUGUUACUGAUAAUGACUUCGUCGGACAGUUCACCGUACCAUUCACCAGUUUACAGAUGGGAUACAGACACGUGCCGCUACUCAACAAGGAAGGAGACCCCCUUCCCUCAGCAGGACUGUUCGUACACAUCAUGAUCAUGGAUGCCUAAAACAAUCCCUGUCUGAAUGUGCCAUAAUCACCACUGUGACUAUCGCCCAGUCCCAAACAGACCUUCAGCCCUACACCACUACACCCUAGGGCACUAGAGUGGAUCUGAAAUGAUUGAAUAGGUGUAAGUGCCGUAGGGAGGAGGGGCUAGGGGAUGUGUUGGGAUUUGGCCCUAGGUGAGGCGGGGCUAGGGGUUGGUUUGGGAUUGGGCCCGAGGGAGGCGGGGCUAGGGGUUGGUUUGGGAUUGGGCCCGAGGGAGGCGGGGCUAGGGGUUGGUUUGGGAUUGGGCCCAAGGGAGGCGGGGCUAGGGGUCGGUCUGGGCCCGGAGGACAUCCUCCGUUAUUGCAUCACUACUCCGGAAUCCAGCGGAAGAUUUUAACUGUUUUUACUUGGGAAUUUCAAUUUUUUUGUGAAACAAUUAUAAUUAGCUUAUCGAAUAGGGAAGAAGAUUAUUUGUAACAGUAGAACUCCAUUUGAGUUUUUUGUAUUAGUAUUUUGGGGAAUUGUGACAAAUGAACAAGUUUAUCAAACCAUCACAUCACAGGGAUUAUACAAAUCAUUGUUUUUGUAUGCUAGGUAUUAUUAUAGUGUUAAACACUUUUCAUUUUGGAUCGUUGUAUUUUUUUUUUUUAUGUCCAGCAUUUCUUUUCCGUGUUGUAUAAUCAGUUUAUUUAAAUCAAGGUAUUCAAAUGACAAUUUUAAGAGAAUUCAUUGAAUGAACAGUAUUUGAAACCAACAAACAGACAAGAGAAAAUGUUUUUUUUUUUUU